UUAUCAACAAAACUAUAUUAUCAAUUAGAAAUAGUUCUUAAUUCACUGCACAAAAUGAGAUCAUUUAGCUCCCUUAUUUUUAUCAAAUUCGUACUGUUUCGUAAGCAAUUUGCUUAACGCUUAUUUAAUAAACGUAAAAAAAAUUAAGAUUUAAUAUGUCUCAGUUAUUACUGUGCAGAGUGUGCCUAGCCAGCAACGUAACUGUUUAUAACAUAUUGAACUCCUGCCUUCAAGAAAUGUACGAGAAAUUAACUAGAUUACCGCUCCAUGCAGACGACGGCAAGCCAAGCACAGUGUGCAACGUGUGCCUGGCGUUGCUGCGGAGGAGUUACCAGCUGUGGGUGCAGUCCGUCACCUCUGACCGACUGCUGAGCAGGCUGCUGGCUGCUAACAAUGAGCUAACACAAGAUUUGAUUGGACACAUAGACAGACGAGGGCACAAGCUAGCAACAAGCUUUACUAUUAAAACCGAGCAUUUUGACAUAGAGCCCGGUGGGGAACUAGUAGAGAUUGAAAUUAAAGCAUUGAAGGAAGAACCCGAAGUGUUAUCAGACCACGAAGCCCGGGAUAACGAGGACCGUGUCUCCACCAAAGAGGCUUCAGACUCUGAGGAUGACAUUCCUCUGCUCGCCAUCAGCCAGAAGAAAGAGAAGAAUGUCACCAAUAAAGACAAAGAGUUUUUAAAAGGUUUCAAGUCUGGUUACGCCCGAGAACUGAUACUGACAACGGAGCAGCAGCUGGCGGAGCUGCGCGCGCGCGGCACCUCUGCCAACUACCUGCACGCGCCGCUCAAGUGCGCCCCCUGCCGGCGCGGGUACGUCGAGCCCACGGCGUUCAACAACCACCGGGUUAAACACGAUCCGAAAAGUGGGUCCCACGUGUGUGAGAUCUGCACGAUGCGGUACAAGACUGCGCGCAAACUGCGCGCGCACGUCGUGACUGCGCACGAACGGCGCUACCAAUGCAACACAUGCUCGCAUCGCUCGCACACCGCGUCGCAAGCGCGCGAGCACGAGAAAUGGCACCUCGGCCACUUAUACGUGUGCGCGCUGUGCGGGCACGCAUCGCGCGCGUCCACGUCGCACCUGACGCACCUGCGCGCGCGCCACCGCACGCAGCACGUGUGCGCCGCGUGCGGGGACAGUUUCGUCGGCGCGCACGGCCUGCGCAUGCACGAGAACAAGGCGCACCGGGAUUCUGACCCCGUUCCUGACGACUCUCCGGCAUCCGAGCGCUACUGCGCCGAAUGCGACAUACAGUUUGUGACGCUCCUCGCCUGGAAGCGGCACAUCCUCAGCGCCGCCAACCACGCCUUCAAGCGAGACAAGGGAGUGUGCGCGAUCUGCGGCCCCGCGUGUCCGGGCGACGGGACUCACCUCAAGGAGAGAGUAAAGGCGCUCCGCGUCCGCAACAAGGCGCCCGCGUCACGCGCCACACUCACUUGUGAACAGUGUGGGUCCUCGUUCGCAAACGGGUCUAAGCUGCAAGCGCACGUCAAGAGGGUACACCUGGGCGUGAAAUACAGAAAGCACGUCGUUUGUGAAGUCUGCGGCAAAAGCUGUACGUCCAACGCGUCACUAAAAUACCACCAGCGCACACACACAGGGGAAAAACCAUAUCCCUGCCAAACUUGCCCGAAGAGGUUCGCGGAUAGCAACCAGCUGCGAAUACAUACGCGUCGGCACACCGGAGAGCGGCCGUACCUCUGCCGACACUGCCCGAGGACCUUCACGCAGAAACCCGCACUCAACAGGCACUAUAGGGUGCACACGGGGGCCAAGCCGUACUCCUGUCAGUACUGCGCGAAGUGCUUCAGCCAGUCCAACUCCCUUAAGUUGCACGUGCGGACAGUACACCUCAAGAUGUCGACUAAGAGGCGGGACGAUAAGAAAGACGGGCUGAUUUUAGACAAAAUUGAAUAAAGAUAAAUCAUGUCAAUAAAUUUAAAAGUGGAAAACCCCACUGCACUGGCGCUCCACAGAAUGCUACUCCGGGUUCGAAAUUAUCAAGAUUACGCAUCGCGAUAAUUAUCGCAAUAUUUAUAGGAAAUUUACUUGUUGCAUUUUUCCAUAAGAAAAAUAACGCUUUAUUGUUUCAUAACAAAUUUUAACACAAAACAAACACAAAAAAUAGAAAUCAUAUUUUUUGCACACAUG